AUGGCAAACCAACAACCCGACGACUUCGACUCCCUCUUCAACCUCGAAGAAGAAUACUACACCGAAGGCUACAAUCUCGGCGUAGCAGACGGUUCCCGCGCCGGCCGCAUCGAAGGCCGCCUCUUUGGUCUCGAAAAAGGCUUUGAAAAGUUCGCCGCAAUGGGGAAUCUGGCCGGUAGAAACGCCAUCUGGGAAGCGAGGAUUUCUGAUCAAAAUCCUGCUGAAGAGAGCGAAUUCAAGUUGCCCAAGUUGUCUGGUGGUACCAGACUACAAAAGCAUUUGCAGACGCUGUUUGCAUUGACCGAAGCUGAGAGUUUGUCCACUGAGAAUAACGAAGACUCGGUUUCUGACUUUGAUGAUCGGCUCAAGCGUGCUGAAGGCAAGGUCAAGGUCAUUGAAAAACUCGUUUCUGAGGGUCCUCUAGUCCUCGAGGCUUCUCAGCCCGCAGCUUCUGGCAGUAGCAAUGCACAAGAAAGACGUCAAAUCAAGAUCAAAAGAACAGAUGCUGGUGGGGAGAGCAGCAUGGAAGAUUUCAAUAUUCGCCAUGCUCGCUCCUGA